GGGAGGGGCUAAAAAAGUUUGGGGUACACCGAUGGGGAGGUCAUAAAAGUUUGAAUGUGGUUGAAGGGGGAGGGGUCAAAAAAUUUCAUCCCUUUAAAGUAUAAGAAACUUUUUUCUUAAUUAUUAUUGAUAUGAGUUAUCAAAAUGCAAGAAAAGCCGUUUCCUAGCGUUGCCAAUAACACAUUUAGGCUACAUUUACUGCUGUGAACGCUUUCCCACAAAUGACAAAUUCAACAAUGUUUAUAGUUCACCUAAGCUUGACCUAUAGGGACAAUAAAAACAACAACUGAAAUAUGUGCUUUUCUAAAAUAUACUAGGAAUCUAGUGGGUAGAUUAUUACAUAUGGUCAAUGUGUAAAAACGUCUGACUCGGAUACCUAUCAGACCAAAUGCACAGGACGAUUUUAUCUUUUAUUAGGUAAAAUAUAAAAUUGUCCUGCGUGAUUUUUACUAGUCCUAUGGCAUGCAAAGAUAGAUAUAGGUAUAGAUACAUAUUCUUUACUGUUUCAAAACGCCACAAGACCACUUGUUACUUAUUACAAUAGAAAUAUUAUUUCUUGGUUGUUUUUAAUUGCAUUAUUUGUUUAUAUGUAUCUAUAUUUCGUAUUAUAAAUGUAGUUUUGUGGAUUUUUAAAUAGAAUGAAGGGGAUCAAACACGUUUUUGGGUUUCUCCUGGGGUGGUCAACAAAGGUUUUAUGUUGACAAAGGGGGAGGGGGGGGGGGGUUGUACAGAAAACUCAAGUGUAGUGGCGCUGAAUACCGACCCCCCCCCCCCCCCCGGCCAUAAAUAAUGAACACUCCCUUACCGCCGUUAAUCGGUACUUCCGAGUGGUUCGUCCAUCCAAAGUAUUAUCAAUAGAUUUUCAACCCAAAUCGUACAAGACUCCUUAUUGGUCUAGCCUGGUUUUGGGUUGCCUUGAGCCGUCACAGUAUUUGGCCAGCGGAGAAAGAUACGUAUUCCAACCUGGGAACUACUUUUGCUACCAAGUCACAACACCAAAACCGGGUGUACUUUUUCUCUAUGGAUACAUUGGAAUUCCUGUGAACGUCAUAACUUUCUGUUAUCUCCAAAUGUUUCAAGCCAUAAGACGCCAAAAGUGUCGUCAAUGCGCCAGAACACGAUUACUGCUGAACCAAAUGUUGAGGAUAUCAAAGCGACACGCACUCUUUUCUUGAAUGUCAUAGGAUUCUUAUUUUGUUUAACUCCACUUGUGGUAAUAUACAGCAUAGACUACGCACAAAGCUCGACAACUCUCCCUCGCGAAGUCUACGUCUUGUAUACAUUCCUGGUAUUACGAAUUCGGUGUUUAGAGAGGAAUAUUAUGUAGGAAGAUUCUAAGGGUUAGAUGUUCUGGCCGGGAUAGAGAGGUCGAGCCUUCAGAGUCAGUCCAAUGGUCAAUGUUUACUGGUCGGCAUACUGAGUGUGAUACACACGUGUCUAUUUUUACGAGGCGCGAGUCAGCUAACCAUCCCAGGGCUACCGGGGAAAAGAUCAUUGACAAGCUAAACAUCGAAAUCAUAAAAGGACAACCAGAGGAUCAGGUUAUUACGGUGAAAACCAAUGCCUGGGUUGAACUUUAGAUAAUCAGAUAAUGACUAUUUCAAUCAAUGGAUGUCGUUUUACUAAAUCGUUUGGGCAUUGGGGAGGGGAGGUCUAAUAACCGCAAGCAAUUUUUUUUGAAAACGCAAAACCGCAGAAAAACUUUGGUCGCAUACAGAAGGACAAGAUUUUGAAUAGCAUGCGACACCCUAACAUUUCCCUGGUUUAGAUUAUCCCGUAACUACGGGCAAUAUUUUUUUACCGCAAAACCGCCGUUUGAAAAGCAAAAUCUCGCAUCUUGCAGUAUUUUGAAAUACAGCAUCAUCGCAUGUUUUUUUUUCUCUCUUACCGCAAUACUACAAAAAAGGCCACAGUUUUAAAAUAAAUGAAAUACGCUCACUUUUUUAUAUAAGAAUAUAUAGUUUACAUUUGAGACAGAACCGUUCAUAUUUGUUAGCAUUGCUUAAAAUGUUAUUGCUAAUGUUCGUGAUGUCGUAAUCUGAAAUACCAAUGAUAACGAAAUUAAAAAGAGAGUUACAUAAUUAUGAUAAAUAACAAUAAUGUUCAAUUCGCUAUCAUGAGAACAUUUGAUACUGCAUUGUUGCUAUCUAUAAGCCUCGGCAUGUCCAUAGAAUUUGGUGAAAUCUCAGGCUAAACGUUAUCUUAAAAGAUUCUCAUAAAAAAUGAUUGUAAAUGAUAAAUAGAUCAAAGAAUAUGAAUAGAGUCUAGGGGGUUAGAACAAUCAUAACCAUCUGACUCCUAAUGUUUCAAAUUGAAAUUCACUGGUAACACCUCUACGUUAAACACGUUUCGUGUUAUGCGUUUGCCUAAACAAGUUUAACUUUUUUUUUUAUUUCUCAUAGGGACUGAAAACUAACAAAUAAUGAUAUUCUAUGCAUGGUAAUUCGUUGAUUUUGGAAACAAAAUGAUAUGCUUUGUUAUGUGUUAUUGAGUAUUUACAUUAUAUACGCUGCAGCUGGUGAUUACAAAUUUUAUUGUUUUUUGGUGGUUUUUAAUUUAAAUUAGAACUUGAAUUGAAACUUUACUAAAAGACGCUGUGAGGCAAUUAUGGGAUUAAAAUUCAAACACCCUUCUUCUCGUAAGCAAUUCACAACAGUGUAAAGUUUGUGUGGCCGUAAAACUGGAACACACUGAAUGGAUUCGACGCAAGAAAGUUUCAAAAUUCUACAAAGUCAGCUUUCUGCUCGCGGGCAACUUCGUUCUACCACAGAGGCAGCAAUUUAUUGCUUGCUAAUCUUUAUUGGAAUAAUAGGGAAUUCUAUGGUGUUGAAUAUUGUAUUUAAGAAAAGAAACACUCGAAAAGUGCUCUUGCUUUGUAUCGGAGCCUUGGCUCUGGUAGACGUUCUUAUGCUUACACUCGGUUGUUGGCAAAUAGUUGUCACGUUGGCUUUCGGGACUUGGCAGCUCGGAGAUUUUAUCUGCCAGCUUGAAGGAUUUUGUGUUUUUGGUUUCUGCUGUCUGUCGAUUCUGUUGCUGACCAUCACAGCCAUUAAUCGGAGUUUUCAGGUCGUAGACACGAAGUUUUAUGGCUCGAUUUUCACUGUAAAACGUACACAACUAUUUAUUCUUCUUGCGUAUGUAUUGGGCAUUCUGAACCCAAUACAAUACUUGGCUUUUGGUGAACGAUACACUUUUCAUCCUGGAAAAUGUUUCUGUUUCCAGGAAAACAAGGUUUCACCAAGUGCUAUGUUCUAUCUUGUCGGAUACAUUGCUUUACCAAUACCAGUCAUAACGGUUUGUUAUUUUCGGAUAUUUCGAACUAUCCGAAGACAUAAGAUAAGAGUGACAUUCUUGCGACAAAGCAACAACUCGGUCGCCGGACCAAAUGUCGAGGACAUCAAAGCGACACGAACUCUAUUCCUGACUCUGAUGGGCUUCCUAUGUUGUUGGACACCGGUUCUAAUCAUUGAUAUUAUUGAUCUUAUUCGAGGAUUUUCUUUGCAACAUCGGGAAAUCUAUGUCGCGUAUACCUUUUUAGGGACUCUCUCCUCUUGCAUCAACCCUUUUAUAUAUGGCGUUAUGAAUUCUAUGUUUAGAGGGGAGUACAAGAAGAUUCUAAGAAUGAUAUGCUUUGUAUGGAACACUGAGGAAGAGUCAAUAUCACGAGUGCGAAGUGUUAUUACAAAUAAUGGCUGGGUACGUGAGCGAGUGUUGGUCAUAGAAAUACAAAAUUGAUUGCAAGAAGAAAACUGGAAAGCAACGUUUUAUGUCCACUGUGCUGGUCUUUAGGUAUAAAAAAUAAUAAUAUACGCGCGUUCUUAUUGUAGGAUACAACAUACAUGGAUAAAGAGACAGUAAUCUUUUUCGCUUAAAAGGUGUACAAUUCGUGUGUAAUGCGGACAGCGGCUUAUGAGAGUGAGAAUCGUCAGUAGACAUAUGGACCAUUUUGAUAUUGACUCUGUGCAGGCUCAUUAUGAUGGUAACAUCGAAACGGCAAGCGCUGCAUUCAAAGAAAAUAUUGGUUGUAUGGAACUGUCAUCAGCCAGAGGAAACAAGCCAAUGUAGACAAACCAUACUACCAGUUAUUGUUCUGCUGAAAAUGAUAAAAAUGUCAAGUAAUUUAAUAGUUACGGUUAACAAUAAUUUUCCGCCAAAAUAGUCUUUAGGUUAUGAAACAAAAUUGAGAGGAAGUACUGGUUAAAAAAAAUGCAGCGUCUGCUGGAUAAACUCUUAAUUGACGUAGAAAUAUUGCAUAAAGGAGACUUCUAAUCAAAAUACUUACAGCCAAUAUACCUUAUUAUUAUUGAUGAGCAGCGAAAGAUAAAGAUGAGAUGAAGAAUACUCACCUAUGGGUGCAAUUCGCACCACAUCCAUGCAUCAUUAUCAUAGGACUUCCCCUGUUCCCAUUCUUAUUUAUUAGUGACUCAGAUACUUAGAACAGGUUUAUACCAUAGCUAACCUGCAAACCUUUUUUGAAAGCUGUAUCUAUAAGUAGGAGAACAGUGAUUGAUAAGCGCUAGAUUGCAAAUAUUAACUUAAACUGUUUGAAGUAAUUUGUUCAUAUAUGAAGUAAUGUAUCCAUGUGUGUUUUAAAAAUUACUAACCCUUGCGAACUUGAUGCUGAUUGUGUACUUAUUUUUAUGAAAUUUUCCCAAUAACAAAUGAUCAAGAAAUAAAAAUAUAUCGAUGGAAAGGUAUGAAA